UGUGACCAAACAAAUGGCGUUCACCGGUUCGUCUGGCAAGAAGUAUGGAUUGUUUAUUCCAAAGAAGAACAAGACAUCGUUAUCCAAAAAUGUGUUUGGUAAUGAAAGUGAUGAAGAGGAAAAAGUUACUGUUACCAAAGGAUUUGAGAAACAUGCAAAAGCAGGUUUAAAACAGCAGACCCAGUUGGAAAUUGACAAAGCUUUGGCAGAGGACCCUUCCGUGUAUGAAUAUGACAAUCUGUAUGAUGACAUGAAAGCUGAGCAAAAGACAAAUGAUGCUAAACUAUUCAACAAAACUGAGUCCAAGCCAAAGUAUAUUGAGAACUUGAUGAAAGCAGCAGAAAAGAGGAAAAAAGAAAAUGAGAAGAGAAUAGAACGGAAAGUUCAAAAAGAAAGAGAGGCAGAGGGGGAUGAAUUUGGGGACAAAGAAAUGUUUGUGACAAGUGCCUACAAGAAAAAAAUGCAGGAAAGACAGGCAGAAGAGGAAAGGGAAAGAUUAGAAGAGGAAAUGGAAGCUCGGCUGGAUGUGACAAAGCAGAAGGAUCUAACUGGAUUUUACAGACACUUGUUGAAACAGACAACUGGAGUGGAUCCUGAGGUCAAGGUUAAAGAGGAAGUAACAAAGGCCAAAGAAGGGGAUGUCAAGGUCAAAGAAGAGGAGGUGAAGGUCAAAGAAGAGAAAGAUAGCUCUUCUGGAAGAAAACUCAGCAGAUCAAGAUCACCCGAUGAUGAGAGGUCAAAGUCCAAGGACAAAAGUCGGAGGUCAAGGUCAAGAGAAAGAGGUGAAGACCAGAAGAGUUCUAAACAUUAUGAGAGAGACAGACACAGGGAUUCAAGGAGGGACUGGAGGAGUGAUAAAGAUUCUAGGCGAGACAGAGAGUAUGACAGACAUGACAGUAGAAGGGAUAGAUAUAGCAGAAGAGAUAGAGAGUCUGAUAGACAUGACAGCAGAAGGGAUAGAGAUAACAAGCGAAACAGUGCAGAGAGAGAAGGCAGGUCUAGGCGAGAUAGUAGGGAAAGGGAAAGUAGGUCAAAUAAAGACAGUCGAGACGGAGAAAAGAAGUCAGGGCAAGAUAAUAGGGAGAGGGAAAGUAGAUCAGUCCAAGACCUUGAAGAAGCAGAAACCAGGUUACGUAGGGACAAAUCUGAAAGGUCUGGAGAGUCGAGAUCUAGAUCUGAGAAAAGUGAAACAGCAGCAAAAAGAUCACAAACUGAACGUACGGAUGAUGAAUCUGAUAGAUCUAAAGGGGACAUUUUGUCCAAGAAACAAAAACUUGAAAGUGAAACAGAAGUAGAUGCAGCACAAAAACCUGAAAAAUCUGAAACUUCAAAGUAUGCACGCCGCACAACUGAAGGUGCAGUGGAAGAUGCCAGAGCCCGGUACCUGGCCAGAAAGAUGGCGCGAUCUACGCCAGUCGUAGUGCAGGAUGCUGAUGAAGAGAAUGGCUGAUGACAGGUCAUGGAUGACCGGUAGGGGAUUGUUCUAAUGGUUUCUUCAUAACCAUUCAGUGGUUGUUCAGGUAAAUGAUUUCAAUUGACAGACAUUGAGUGGGAAUGUUUUAGAGUGCCUUGCAGGAGUUAUGGAUUUUCAGACAUCUGAUUGGUUGAAAAAAAAAGAUGUGUAUUCAUGGUAUGUAGUGAUAAGGCCCUUACAUCCAGUACAGAAAGGAGAAGAUUCACAUGUACCCGAUACUGCCGUACAGAGAAGCUGUUAGGUUUGCUAAAACGUGUAAUAACCUCAGAUAUAACUGCAAAAUCCUUGUAAAAAUUGAGUGAUCAUCAGGAGAAAGACCAUUGGAAAUCUGAAAAGACUUUUACUUAUUUCUUUUUUAGCCUUUUGGGCUGAAAUAAAAUACAAUGAAAUGCAUGGUGGGCUUUGUGGACAAUCUUGACAAUGUAAGUUGUCAUGUGAGGUCACAACUUUUUCUACACAUACAUGUUCAAGUCUGACCAAGUCCUUGUGCACUUGGUCGCACUCAUGCAAUGUGAAAAACGCAUCAAAGAAACAAAUUGGACAUUAAAAGCCUACAUCAGAGAAAAGUGAUUUGGAUGUCAUUGACAACAUACAUGUACUAUAUUAUUAUGGACCAGGUAAUAAAAACCCACAAUACAAUAAAAACAUUUUGUCAAGGGGGUUAGCACGCCAGCUAACUUGAUCGGUCUGAGUGCAAGUCCAGCUUAUGCUGGCUUCCUCCCAGGCUGUACAUGGGAAGAUUGUAUGUUUCCUCCUACCAUGAUACUGUCCUCCAUUGUAUAACUGAAAUAUUCUUGAGUAUGGUGUCCACCACCAAUCAUAUGAAUAAACAGAUAAAAAUUCGUUACAGCAUUUGAUCCAUUGAAACUGAUCUAAAGUGUUACUUUCACAUACCUAAACAGUUCUCAAUAGCAUUUCUACUAGUGUUUACUUCUUUGUUAUGUUUUCCUGCACUUUAAAAUCUUGUUAAGACAUGGCUGAUAUAUUGCAGAUGUGGCAUCAAGUCAUUAUCAUUCACUUUACUGACUCUGAUGGGUCAGGAGUGGGGUGCCAACAUUAGGGUGUCCAGUGAAGUAUCUGACUGAGGUCAGAAAUUGUCAUUAGUUUCAGGUCUACAAUGAGUGCAAUCUAUCUUCAAAUCUUCAAAGAGGCAUUUUAUGAGUAUAUUGUAUGUUGAAAUGUUGAAUGUUUUAAUGCAUUAAAUUUGAUCAUGAAGAUACAGUUAAUCCGAGAGUUUGUAUUGCCAUACCCUGCAAUUCUCAUGUUCUGGAAAUGUGAAGUAAAAAAGUUCCUUGUUAACCUUUGCUUUUUAACAGCUGAAAAAAUAGUUG